AUGGAUUCCCUCGACCGCAUCUUAGAUGGGUUCACAGAUCCUUCAACCGGAUCGUUGCACGGUGCGGUGUUCAUCGUUGUUGACAAGUCAGGAAGGACACUUUACAAACGCGCUACGGGAAGAAUCAAUGCCGAUGGACAUGAUGCAGAGCCGUUGGGAUUUGAUGCAUUGUACUGGGUUGCAUCAAUGACAAAACUUAUGACCGCGGUGGCUAUCAUGCAACUCGUGGAACGUGGAGUUUUAUCAUUAGACGACGAUGUUCGUGAAAGAGUUCCCGAGCUUGCGGACAUACAAAUCCUGCAAGAUACGAAAGAAGGUAGUUUCCGUCCCAGGACUGGCACGUAA